AUGGACUAUGAAACCAUCAGCACAAAUGAGAAGACGAAUUAUAGAACCUUGUUGAAUUUGAGAGGAGCUCUUUUCUCAACAACAACCAUCAUUUUGAUAUGUUGGUACCUCAACUUUCUAUGGAGAAGGAGAAAACUUUACAUCUCAUCUUGGAGCACACCGGGUCCGCUUGCCUUUCCUUUUGUGGGAAAUCUUUAUUUGUUUCACGGAGGCAUAGAAGCACUAUUAGGAAUGUUUAGCAAACUCGCAAUGACAUAUCCUGACUUAUUCAGAAUGUGGAUGGGACCACAUCUAGUUUAUUACAUAUCUAAACCCGAAUUCAUCCAAAGAAUAUUAUGCAAUAAUCUGGACAAAGCUAAUUGGGUCUACGAAUACAUGUCUUAUAUUGCUGGCGAUGGACUCCUAGUUCUACCUCUAAAUUCAUGGAAAAAGCACAAGAAGGCUAUAAUGCCAUCUUUCGGACAGCAAACCUUGAACUCAUUCGUCGAAACAUUCAAUGAUAAAGCUGAAAUAUUGUUCGACCAACUCCAGAAACAUGUGGGAAAAAUGGAUACCGAUUUGCAUGAGAAGUUAUUCAGCUUCAAUGUUGAUAUUGUGUGUGAAACUUUGAUGGGAGUUGAAGUAAAUUUGCAGACAACAGCAUCUGAACUUGGAAAAAAACUGAAUAGAAUUUUCGAAAUUGCAAACAUUAAAAUAUUUAGUAUGUGGUACCAUAUUGAUAUCUUUUGGAAAUUGUCCCCAUUGUGUAGAGAAGCCGAUUAUUUGAAAAAUCUGGUUAAGACAAAUUUCGUCUUGAGUGUAAGUACGACGAUCUUUGAUAAGAUAUCUAGAUGUCGAGAAAACUCUGGACGUGCAGAUGGAACCCAACCGACUCAAGAUGAAUUCAAGAUGAAGCUGCCGUUUUUGGAUUGUAUGAUAUAUAAAAGCGACCUCACACAAAAUGAAAUAGAAGAUGAAGUUCACACAUUUAUGGGGGCUGUAAGUUUUUUCAUCAUUUUACAGGAGAAAGUUUAUAAAGAGGUUAUGGAAAUUUGUGGCCCCAACCGCAGAAUAUCACCUUCUGAUUUGAAUAAGUUGAAAUACACUGAGAGGGUAAUCAAAGAGACCUUGCGAAUUUUUCCUUCGGUUCCACUGAUGGUACGAAAUAUCGAUACAGAACUCAAAUUAGGUGCACAUACGUUGCCCAAAGGAGCCUCUGCCAUAUUCUCCAUCCGGUUUAUUCAUAUGGAUCCCAAAUACUGGCCGGAUCCUUAUAAAUUCGAUCCUGAUCGGUUUUUGCCCGAGAAUAUGGAUAAAAGACAUUCAUGCUCCUAUAUACCCUUCUCAUAUGGACCAAGGAAUUGUAUAGGGGGUCGCUUUGCCAUGAUGGUCUUGUUGACAACCCUAGCGAAUCUUAUCAGGAAAUUCAGAUUUUUCUCUGGGUACAAAACGAUAGAAGAAAUAGAUGUGAUCCCAACCGUUGUAAUCAAGUUGAAAUAUGGCAACAAAGUUAGGUUGGAGUUGAGAUGA